AUGGACAUAGAACAAGUUGAGAUGAAAUCGUUAGGUUUUUGUGGAACCUGCAAGGAAUCCUUUAAACUACUCUUGACAUGGAAGAAGAUCUUUUUCCAGAUUAUUUUAGCCCUAAUUCUUCCUCUCUCAUUGAUCUUCCUCACUUACGAGCAAGCUUCUAACUUUCUAUUCACCAGAAUCAUGGGAGACACCAUUAACCUAGAUCAUAUCUCAAAGGGAACGCGUUCCUACGAUGUAAUCUCCCGUCGAAUAUCCUCCGAAUGGUUGUCGUAUUGGGUCAUCAAGAUCUUCUAUUUUACCUUUGUUCUUGUUUUCUCUCUCCUCUCAACCGCUGCCGUAACCUACACCGUCGCCUCCAUCUAUGCUCGCCGUGAUAUUGCCUUCCGGAUUGUCAUGUCUGUCGUUCCAAAGGUUUGGAAGAGGCUGGUGAUUACAUUUAUAUGUACAUAUCUGGCAUUCUUCUUAUACAAUACCGCUUUUGUAAUCUUUCUGGUAAUUUGGAUGAGCCUUUUAGUACAAACAUCGGCAGGCUUACCGUCUUUGAUAAUAGUUUCCAUAGUGUAUUUGCUGGGAUUUGCUUACCUGAAUGUUGUCUGGCAAUUGACGAGCGUUGUCUCGGUUUUGGAGAACUAUAAAGGAUUCAAGGCGAUGAGAAAGAGCAAGGAAUUGAUAAAAGGAAAGUUUUGGCUAGGGUUUUUUGUAUUGGUGUUUCCUGGUUUGGUGAUGGUUGGAAUUGAGGUGGGUUUCUUAAUUCUUGUGAUCAAUUUGAAUGUUGUAGGAGUACUGGUGGUUAGGGUUUUGUUAGGGUUCCUGUUUGUGGUGUUGAAUUUGAUUGCGAUCCUUUAUGCGUUGGUGAUUGAGGCUGUUCUUUAUUUUGUUUGUAAAUCUUAUCACAAUGAAGUGGUGGAUAGGCCGUCUUUGACAACUCAUUUAAGCAGGGAGUACAAUAAUGAUUUUAGUGGUACUGGAUCACCUAAGGAUGUUCAAAUGAGCGACGUCAAUAAUGUCUAG